CUUUUUUUUUGGAUAAAAGCAACCUCUGUGGACCUGCGCUACCGAAAAAUAUGAACUAACAGAAAAUUAAUAAGUUAACAAUUAGGAAAGAAAAGGCUUCUUUGUAGAUAUAUUUUCACGAUAAUGGCAUGCAUGCACAAAAAAUAACACCUAAUAAAGCGAUUUCCAUUAAUAAUAAGAAAUCAACAUAACAUGAAUCACUCUUUUCUUUGCCGAAGUUUGUCUGAAAUUUUUGGAUACAUUUGUAGUAAACAAAUGUUCACUAUAUCAUGCCCUUUCUCAAAGAAAAACAAAUGUUCACUACGAAAGGUAAAUUCCAUGUGUAUAUAUUGUCAAGAGAUGAGGUAAGCUACUAAAAUGUUUUGGGGGUUUUUUUCUGCUAACGAGUUAUAGACAUUCAGUUCAUAAUUUUCCGGUCCUUUUUGUUAAAGAAGACUAGAAGAUAUUAGAUGAUGAUGUUAGUUAAUUAUUUUCCUGCGAUCAAAUAUUUUAGCUUUUUACGUCAUCUUUAUAAAAUAUUUAACCAUAAUAUAUGCAUGUUCAUUUACGUCGCAAUUUGAAGAGAUGGUCAUGCUAUUUAUUCUUAUUUUACUUAACUACAAACAUACAGGACAGGGCAACAGCAACACCAGUACCUUAAGCUAUUGAAAACAUUUCCCCACCACUCCCGAAUGCUAGGAGACAUAGAUUAGACAUAAAAACUUUUUUUGGUUUAAUUUGACAUAUAUACUCUUAUCACUGGAGAGACAUUAAUAAACCAUGAUCAUAAAUUUUGUUCUUAUGAGAUAUUUGUAAUGGCGUUUACUACUAAAACUAUUUAUUACUGGUUGAACUUGAUUCAGCUAAUUAUUAAUCCAUGGGCAGGCCAACAUCCAUAUCUGCAUAUAUGCGAACUCAAUAAUCUACAACACUAGCUCUCAUGUUUAGUUAAUUGAAUUAUCUUAUUAAUUAAGGCUUCACCAAUUUACCAUACAUCCAACUAAGUAAUCAGCGGUAUUUUUGGAAAAGGGUUUGAUAAUCUAAUUAUUGAGCUAUAGCCGGAGGGUAUUCAUGUAAAUUCGUAUGGAGAAGAGUAACGCUUUUGGUUAGAACAUGGGAUUGGAUGAGAUUAUAAAUGUUGAAAACAGUGUGAGACUAACCACAUAACAAACUCUUUUAGUGUUACAAGAAAGAAUGAAACUAUCUCCACCACAACCACCAGCACUUAAGAACAACGACCCAACAGCCGCUGCUUCUGCCGUUAAAUCUUGCGGCGGAGGCGGUGGAGAAACCUUCUCGACGACGAGGCAUCCAGUGUACCACGGAGUUCGCAAACGCCGAUGGGGAAAGUGGGUUUCCGAGAUUAGAGAGCCCCGGAAAAAAUCUAGGAUUUGGCUCGGAUCUUUUCCGGUGCCGGAGAUGGCAGCUAAAGCCUACGACGUGGCCGCGCUUUGUCUGAAAGGAAGAAAAGCUCAGCUUAAUUUCCCUGACGAAAUCGACGAUCUACCUCGACCUUCGACAUGUACGGCCAGAGAUAUCCAAGUCGCGGCGGCCAAAGCUGCCAAUGCCGUCAAGAUCACUAAAGCGGUAGAUGACGUGGCAGACAUCGACGACGGAGAUGAUUUCUGGGAAGGCAUAGAGCUGCCCGAGCUUAUUAUGACCGGAGGUGGGUGGUCGCCGGAGCUUUUCGUUGCCGGAGAAGAUGCCACGUGGGUGGUCGACGGUGACUCGUAUCAGUAUCAGUUCAUGGCGUGUCUGUGAGUGUAGUUGUCUUGUCGACUGUGUCGUAUUCGCUAUACGUGUGCGCUGUAUUGUUAUUGUGUUGGAUAGAUCGAUUUAAUGCAACUAUAUUUUUAUGCAUUUUCAUUUUAUUUGUUUCUAGUUUUAUUGUUUUAUGUGAUUUAUAAAUAUAUACCCUGUUAAGUUUGUACGAUCUGGACGUAUAUGUAUGUUAUUAUAUACAGUUUUGAUUACAUAAAA